CACCAAGUCCAGAUCCAGUGCUCCACAUGACGACAUUUACAGCACCUGCAGGUUAAACAUUACUCAUCUGUGUAGAUAAAGCUCAGACAGCAGGCACCUUUAUUUAGAAACCUUCAGGUAAACAGCUGGACGAUGUGUGCUGCUCCGGGUCAGCCGACUCUGGAGGUCAAACUGGAGGCCCUGCAGUGCCAUUUCACCUGGGAUCUGAACUUCAGCACGCCCAAACUCUUCAGUCUCAGGGACCGGCUGCAGGACAUCGGCACAGAGGAGGGGUACAGCUGGCUGGGUCACAUCUACAACCUGCAGGGGUACGUCCAUUUCCGGCUGGGGUUACCCGGUGAUGCCCAGCGAUUCUUCGGCAAGGCCGCGGAGGCUUUCCGUCAAAUAAGAAACACGGUCUCGGACGAAGGUGCCUGGCUGGUGGUGAACCAUGGGAACCUGGCUUGGCUGCACUACCACAACGGAGAACAAGCAGAGAGCCAGGCCCACCUUCUAAGAGUCAACGCCCUGAUGAGAGCUUAUCCAUCUCCGUGCCAGGAGGAGCUGCAUCCAGAGAUCUAUGCCGAAAGAGCGUGGACGCUGAUGAAUUUCGGCGAUGAUAAAAGCGCUGCAGACUUCUUCCAGCGAGCCCUCAGGAUGCAGCCAGACGUGAUGGAGUGGCACACCAGCCACGUCUUAGCGCUAGUGGGCGCCAGCAGAAAAGAGCUGGGGGCUGACGUCUUGGACAAAAUGAGAAUCGCAACGGAGCACGAUCCGGACAACUUGUACCUAGCUGCGCUGUACCUCGAGGCGCGUGCCAAGAAAGGAAAAAGGAUAGGAGAGGACGCACGGGAGCUGGCCAGACAAGUUUUGAGAAAGCCGGUCAGCAGCUACAGCGGCAUCAUACCGUUACUGAGGCUGUACAGGAUGUACGUAUCCAUGGAUGAGGCCAUAGACUUGGCAGAGGAGGUUCUGGAAAGACAUCCGGAUGAACGCUAUCUGAAGAGGUGUGCCGCUUUCUGCUACAAGUCGAGGAUCCUUUCGGACUGCGACAGUCCCCUGGAGCGCAGCAUCAUCGACAGAGCGAUCACUCUCAGCAAGGAGGUGAUUCCCCUUUACCCUCAUUCUUCACUGAAGAGAAAAAUAGAUCUUGCAAACAUUUACGCAAAGACGAACAACCAAGAGGAAGCCGACCAAAUAUACGAGGAACUGCUGGAGAGCGGUCUCGAUCCCGAAGGGGCGCAGAUGCUUUACAACUACUACGCAAAGUACCUACACUUCAGCCGAAAUGAGCCCGACAAGUCGAUCGAGUAUCACAUGAGAGCAGCAGAGAUCCCGAUACCGUCCUACUGCAGGGAGCACAGCAUCAAAACUCUGCAGAGGAUCAGAGAAAGAAACAGAAACCGGAUGUGUGGACGCAUAAGCGAGUUUCUGGCUCUACUGCCGGAGUCAGAGUGAGCAGAGGACAACAUUGAGUAAACUGUACCAGGGGUUGUUUGUGUCAUUACGUCUGAUUUCAGAUCAGUGUCUGUAUUUAUGGCCUGAAGAAAAGCUGCAUUCAUUAAAGAUGUUAUAAACCAUUA